AUGACAGUCAAGGGGUGGUUCACCCACCCCUCGACGCCCUCGACGCCCUCAAUGCCCUCCGCAGCGCCUGCGGCGCGCCCCAACCGCCGCUGGAGCUGGCGCCACGCUCACCCACCCCCGCCCGACACGCCUCGGCGCUCCAAGUCGCAUCUCGGCCUCUCGCUCCUUGGCCACGCCUCACCCUCACCCUCCUCCUCCCCCUCGCCAUCGAUCCACACAUGGCACGCGCACACGCCCUCGCCUCCCUCGCCCCCGCCCUCCCUCUCUUCGCGCGCUCCCUCUCUCCCCUCUCUCCCCUCCCCCUCGCGCCGCGCCUCCAUGUCGCGCCCCCACCCCACGGGCCAAACGCGGUUCAAGCCCACGCGCCCGACCUGGCGCUUCCUCAAGAGCCUGCGGCCAGCCAAGCCGAGGGCGACGGGCGCGGGCACAAACGCCAACGCGGAGCGCGAGAUGGCGGACGAGGUCGCGAGCGAGUCUCCACACCCAAAGCGCGCGUUCUCCCUCCUGCGCUCGCCGCGCUCGCCGCGCUCGCCAGCACGCCCCGCACGCCCGCGCGCCCCGCGCUCGGCUUCGCUGCCGCCGCGCCCCGCCCCCGCGUCCGCGACCAUGGUCUCCACCGCGUCGUCGCGGAGCGUGCCUGCACCUCCGCGAUCCACCUCGGCCCCGUCACCCUCGGCCCCGUCACCCUCGGCCUCGUCCUCGGCCUCGGGCGCGAGCUUGGGCGUAGGCCAGAGCGCACUCGCCGCACGCGCCCCGCGCGCGCGCUCCGCCAGCACGGCGCACAUCGCGCUCGGCGUGGUGUGCGGCACGGCUGUGGCCGUGUCGCCGUGGUCUGCGAUUGCCGCCGCCGUGCUUUUCGCGGUCGUGCUGAGUGCCGCGUACUGUCCAUCUACGCGCGCCGGCGCCGCGUGGCGCGCAUGGCGCGUGCGAACACCGCUGGAAACGGAAUAG